AAGCCACACACCUUGCACCCGACGUGCAACUCCUUGCAGCAGAACCGAGCGCCCCUUCCCACCGCAGUUCGCGGCGUGGAGUGUUCACUGUGCAUCGCAUCUGCCUAAGGACCGACUUCACCUACCACCGCUCAUAGUUUCCAUCUGGGGCGUGCUUGCUGUCGAAGCCCAUACCUUGCGUUGGGGCGAGUUUGCACAGGCUCGCAAAUUCUGUGCGUCGCACACUCCCGCGUCGAUGAUAUAUUGGAAAUCCACACUAGUUUGACUUGUAUCUUGUUUCCAUCUUCGUAGCUCGCACGCGAAUCUGAGAUAGUCAGCUCUUUCCGACGCAGUUUGCUGCUAGGCGCACCUCUUGUGCUCCACCUUCCUCCUCCAUCGAAGUAGCUUCGCAAUCCCAGUAGAGGCAACUCUCGUGCCCCACUCUAGUUCCCUUCCACUCUCCCUUGUGGCCGCCCCACGCGUCGCACUCUCUCGAUUACAGGACGCUGCCGCAGGCAGUGCACAGAAUCUGUCCUGUUCUCAGUUGGCAGCUCGUCUCACCUCUCAAAUCCCCCGUUGCGUCGAAUCGUUGAGUCCCUCCUCGCUAGUUUGUGCAACGAGUCCCAACGGCCUUUCUCCCUCCUCCCCCUUCCUUCCUCGCUCCUGCUUUAUCUGUCUUCAUCACUCCUGUUGUCUCUCGUGCCCGUUUCCCGCUCCCACUCCUGCCCCCGCCACUCCCCGCGGCCGCUCAAUCCCCAUGCCCGGCACCACAUCGCACCUCCCCCACAUGCCGCCGCCCAGCAGUCGUCACCAUCACACCGUCCCUCCUCUCAACCCCGCCCUAUCUCUCCUCGUCCUCGCGCUUGCCGCGUCCCUUCCGCUCCUCUCCGCCGCCGCUCCCGCCGGCGGGGGAGCGGGGAGCACGAGCCUGGUGCUGCUUCCGCCGAGUCGAUACGGCGCGCGAUGCUUGGACGGCAGUCCGCCGGGGUUCUACCACCGGCAGGGGAACGGCGCGGGGGCGAACAAGUGGCUGAUAUACCUGCAGGGCGGCGGGUGGUGCUACAGCGCCACGGGGUGCGCGUAUCGCGCGAGCACCGUGCUGGGGACCACGCGCCUCUAUAAGCCUCCCUCGGACCCCGCGUUCGAGCCCACGCUGCGCAAGUACGGCACCGAGUUCCGCGGCAUGCUGAGCGCGAGCGCGCAGGAGAACCCAGCGUUCUUCAACUGGAACACCGUCAUGGUGCUCUACUGCGACGGGGGGGGCUUCGCGGGCAGCGGGCAGCGCAUCGCGGUUAACCGCACCACCACGCUCUACUCGGACGGCUCGCGGAUCGUCGACGCCGUGCUGCAAGAGCUGACGGCGCGGCGCGGCAUGGCGGCGGCCGCCAAGGUGGUGCUGAGCGGGUGUUCCGCGGGAGGGCAGGCGGUGAGCGCCGUGUGCAACCGCGUGGGCGCCGCAGUGCCGCGCGCGGCCGUGAAGUGCCUCAUGGACGGCGGGUUCUUCCUGGACGCAGACGACGUGACGGGGCAGAAGUACUUCCGCAGCGUCGCCAAGGAGAUCGUCGCCAUGCAUAAGCCGGUUGUUGAUCCCGACUGCCGACGAACGUACGGCACACAGGUGUGGAAGUGCUUCUUCCCGCAGAACAACCUGUUCUUCGUGCGGCGGCCCGUGUUCGUGGUGAACUCCAUCGCUGACUAUGCCGCCAUCGACAUCGCCAACCAGGGCCAGAACGCCUCCUCCACCUCGCGCAUCACGCACUGCAUGAACCAGCUCUUCGCUAGUAACAAGGCUGCCGCUGCUGCUGCUGCUGCUGCCAGUGGUGGCGGUGUUGCUGCUGCUGCUGCUGCCGUUGAUGCUGUGGGGGGGGAAGGGGGAGGUGCUGUGAUGGCAGCAGGUGCUGCGGGGUCUACUCACGGCAAGCUUGCGAGCAUCAGCAACCACUGGAGAGACCGUAAAGAGCGCAACAGCGACAGCAUCAGCAGCAACAGCAGCAGCAGCGGCGGCGGGUGCUCGUCGGCGGAGCUGGCGGCGAUUCAGACGUACUCGCGGCGGUCCAUUAUGCGCAUCCGCGCCGUGCUGCGCGCCAAGCCCACGUUCGGGUUCUUCCUCGUUGGCACCAUUGGGCACUGCACCACCAUCUACCCGCAAUGGGGUCAGGUCACACGGAAAAGGGAGAAUCUCCGGCAGGAAAUCACUACUUGGAUCGGCCCGUAAUGCUUGGAUGAAGCAGCUUGAAGGAAUAAAAUGCGAGGAAACUGUUGGCACUGUGAGAGGGUGGGGUGGCAAUGGUGAGAGGGAUUCUGGGAGGGCUGCUGUGGCGCUACGCUACUGGGUGGGUUCCUUUGUUUGAGAUAGCAUCGUGCUUUCUCACAAUUGUAUGAUAAUUGUGAAAUAAAAUGGCCCAUCAAUA